CGCUGCUGCCGCUGAUGACAGCGACGGCGGUGACGGUGGCGAAGGCGGCGGAGGCGGCGAGGAACGUGUGCAGCUGACGCGAGAGAACCGGUGCAGCAUCUCCUCGAGGUGUGACGACCAGGUGUGUCGAACCGGCAUCCCUAUCGCAGGCCAGCUUCUCGUCGUCACGCGCGGUGCGCACAUCCGCCACCAUGCCGUACUGCAUGUUGCUCCUCUCGAUCGCCGUUGCCACACAGGCGAACGUCUAUCUGCCGUCGAUCAAGGACUCUCAAAGACCGUGUAAUCCUCUGUUCGGAUGUACUCCCCAGGAGGAGCACAUGUUGACCGACACUCUUCUGCGAGAGCUGAUCAUCGAUCAGCUCGGAAACGAGUUCGCGGACGCGCCGGAUCCGUACUUUCUGGAAUAUCCGGAGAAGGCGAAGGAACUGCCGUUGGAAUUGCCGGCCGAUUACGACGGCAUCGACACGUUAAAUCCGAACCCGAGUAUACGAGAUCAGGAAUAUCUGCAGCACAGCACGCUGUGGAGCCAUCAGCGUGUCAAUAACAACAAGGGAAACGACAGGCAUAGGAUUCAGUCGGCCGGCUUGAAGGGAAUCAAGGACGAGAAGACAGAAAAUCCUCUGCCGGCUUAUUGCACUCCGCCGAAUCCUUGCCCAGUCGGAUACACAAGCGAAAACAAUUGCCUCACCAAUUUCGAGAAUACAGCAGCGUUCAGUCGCGACUACCAGAGUGCACAGGACUGUAUGUGCGAUACGGAACACAUGUUGGAAUGCUCAGGCGACUCCGGAAACAGUAACAACUUGUCAAACAUGCAUAUUUCGAAUUCUGACUUCAACCAAAUCGUCGAACAGUUUCAGGAAGAGAACCCAUUCUUCCAAGGAGAGAAAUUGCCGAUAGCCGCGAAAAAAGGCAUACACGUGAUUGAUUAAAGACUGCGGAAGCAAAGGCUCGAAAAAGAAGAAUGUAUUCACACGUAUAUACAUACGCAUACACAACACACACACAC